AUGAGUACUCAAGAUCCGCAACAUCAAGAUCUGUCUGGCAAUGAUCUAGACUACUUGGCGGGAUACCACCAAGACUACCAACAAGGAAUCAAUCGGCCUGCCACCAGCGCAUCUUACGUUCUAGCCGUGAUAGUCUGCUUCGGGGUCUUCGUCUACCACAUCCUCUUCGUCCUCGACUACAACCUUUUGUCUCUCCCAGAGCUCCUGUGGAAUUCUCUUGUCUACGUGACGCCAUCGCGGCUGCUCGACGCUGUGGAAACCUACCAAAACCCUCUCCGCAUCACGAAUCCAGCGCUGGAAGACAUCCCGCGGACCCAUGCCGCAAAGAGCGAAGCUAUGCGGCGUGUACUGGGUCUCGAUCAACCAGGAGGGAUCAUAGAAUCAGUUGCGCAAGCUGGAAGGAGGAGAUUGUCCACACUGCCAAGCAUGAGCUUGAGUGCACAGGGUGAUGGACGGCCAGCGGGAUUGGGAAACUGGGAUAAUUCUUGCUAUCAGAACAGCGUCCUCCAAGGGCUGGCGUCGCUGGACUCAUUGACAGGAUAUCUCACAACCCCAACCUGUGAAUGGCUUGGGGAGGGCGUAGAGAAGCCAGAUAUGAAGAUGGCCGAGGCUCUACGAGAACUCAUUGCGACACUGAACGAUCCGCUGAACAACGGGAAGAGGAUAUGGACGCCGGCUACGUUGAAGAACAUGAGUAGCUGGCAGCAACAGGAUGCGCAGGAAUAUUUCUCGAAAGUCCUCGAUGAGAUAGACAAGGAGGUGGGUAAAAUGGCCCAGCUAGUGCAGUCUUCUCAAGGAUUCGAAUCGGAAAUAUCGUCAGGUCAAAGCUCGCCGAAUUCCAAAUCUCGGUCAAGAUUCCGGAAUCCUCUGGAAGGGCUGAUUGCGCAGCGCGUGGGUUGUACCAAGUGUGGCUACUCCGAGGGGCUGUCUAUGAUCCCUUUCAACUGCCUGACGGUCCCUCUUACUCGACAGUGGGAGUGCUAUGUCUCGGAGUGCCUCGACGAAUACACGAAACUGGAGCAAAUAGAAGGCGUUGAGUGUGGCAAAUGCACGCUGCUGAAAUACCAGAGAUUGCUCACACUACUUGUAGAGAAGCAAACAUCGUCAGAAGCAAACAGUGCGUCUCUGGAGGAUUCUAAGAGAAGACUAGCAAUGGUUGAAGAGGCUUUGGAAGACGACGACUACGAAGAAAAAACGGUUAUGAAGAAGUGCAGCAUUCCACCCAAGAACCGAGUAUCCUCCACCAAAUCACGGCAGGCUGUUGUUGCGCGGCCGCCAAAGUCAUUGGUGGUACAUUUCAACCGAAGUUUGUUCGAUGAGAUGACCGGCGAGCUGAAGAAGAACCUUUCACAUGUCAAGUUUCCCCGGAUACUGGAUUUGGGACCGUGGUGUCUUGGGAGCUUGGGAAUGGCCGAGGAUGUGCUGACUGAGGAAUGGCUGCUGAAUCCAGACAUACCUAUGAUUGCCAGUACCAGAAAGCCGUCUAGGCUUUCGGGUCCACUCUAUGAGCUGCGAGCUGUCGUGACACACUAUGGGAGACAUGAAAACGGACACUACGUGUGCUACAAGAAGUUUCCUGUUCCUAAUUCUAAAGAUCUCGACGAUAAUCAUGAUCCGUCUAAGGAGCAGUGGUGGAGGUUGAGUGAUGACGAUGUCACGAAAGUGAGCGAAGACAAUGUCCUUGGCCAAGGAGGGGUUUUCAUGCUCUUUUAUGACUGCAUCGAACCUGGCACGACGAAAAUGCCAGUGUCUGAUUCUACUCGGGCGGUUGAAGCUGUGCCUGAAGACGAGAACGUCCAAGUACCUACGGUGACAAAGCAAAGAGAAGGAGGUGUUGUCUUGUCAGAUCUUGCUGUAGCUGCUGGCACUCCUCUCCCUGACAACGACGACGAUAACCUUUUUAAAAGCUCCAGCCAAGAAUCCCUUGUCGCGACUCAAGAGAGCAUCAACGCGACUCCAGAAAGCACCAAGAGCGUCUCUGAAUACGACGAAGACGAGAGUACCGACCAAGAGCAAGCAGAUGCUUACCAGCCUACGAAAGCGAUCGUGGUCAGGCCAUAUAUCAAGAAGGCGGCCAACAGUACCGAGUCAAGUAAGGAGGCCAGCAUGAUUUCAUCCGGUGCCUCUCUUGUCAUGGUAUGA